AUGGGAAUGGGUAAUGGACAAAUUCCAAACUCUGCAUUGAAGGCUGCUUCUGUGGUAUGACUGAUACAGUUGCAGAAAUAUGUUCUCAAACGUUUGUGGUCAUGAAGUGAUUAAGAACUGAUGUUUCAUACUGAAUUUAAUUUGGCUGUUUUAGUACUGUUUACUACUGUACGUGCAUUUUAGCGGCAAAGAAUGAAUGAGCCCCUGUGAUUUCCAUAGUAUAAAGGCUUUAGGCAGUUAGCCGCGACGGGUCAGCUAGGUUUCGGUUUUGGUUUCAUCGAAUUUAAAAGAUUGCCGUUUUCGGCAGAAAACUGACUGAAAUGCGUACGUGGCACUAAGAAGAGCGACUUCAAACUGUGCUUGGUAGAAAAGCUCAGUGGUUGGCUUUUAUGACAUCCCAUAACAACAUCAUGAAAGAAUUGUGGCUGUUAUUACAUUGUUAUUUUGUAAAUUGUCCCCGAGGUAUUUGGCUACAAAGCUAGGAGAGGGGGAAUGAGACAAAACUCCAUAACAAGCUCAAAAGAAACGACAAAAAUUUUCAAGAACACAGUUACAGUAACCACAGAAACCUACAAGAAAAAGCUUUUGCCAAAAUUUGUCUGAGUAAUAAAUGACGCAGCUAAUGGAAUGGAAAGAACAGGUUUUAGCUCAAUUAUAGUUGAGGGAAUGGUCAUUAAAAAAAAUCCGAGUUAAAAGCUUGCAAUCCACUCCCCCUGUACGUCUAAAUUAGGUUAAGUUUCCCCUGGUGGCGAACAGUUCAGUCAUAGUCAUAUAAAUUAUGUUGUUGGGGAAUGGUAAUGUAUGACAAUGAGUUUAAAACAAAAAAAAAUAACUUUAAACCCAAGGGUAAAAUUGAACCACAAAAUGUAUAUUAAAGAUAUUUCUUCUUUCACGUUUAUAGUAUAGCUCUAGCUAUGCACCGGGUUACGGCAGACUGAACCAUCACAGCACUUAUAUCGCCAAGAGAAACGACAAGGGACAGUGGAUACAGGUGGAUUUUGGAAAAGUGGCUAAAGUGACUAAGAUCGGAACUCAAGGUCGAUAUAAUGUGGGACAGUGGAUCACCAAAUAUAUUGUCUCUUACAGCAUCGAUGGUGGAUUCUUUGAGUAUCAGUUGCACAAGCCAUACCACGUACCUCGAGUAAGUAUCACAAAUGAAGGAUGAAGCAGUUUUACAUCUAUACAAAGUUUAUCUGGGCCGCUGUUUUAAAAGGAAAGUUCUGUCCAAGCCUGUAAGUGUAAGCUAUAUUUUAGAGAGGCAAGUUCAUAAUAAUUUUGGAAACGUAUCGAACCAAAUUGGGCAUCCAUCUUGUCUAUAUCCUCGUGUCAAACCGUUUAGCUAUCAGUUAAUUAAGGAAAGAGGCCCGUUAUAAACCUAGGAUAAAUACUAUACGUUCUAGGCUAAAAACUCUGAAUUUUAUUAACCAUUUAGUUUUCAAUAAAUACGAAUUAGUCUAUUAGUAUAGGUAUAGAUAGAUAUAGAUAUGUAUAUAGUAGAAUUCGAUCCGGUACAAGAUUUAAAAAUUCUUACGCUUAACCUACUUUUGGUAUGUAUUAUUAUCUUUUGAAAAAUAAAGCCAUAUUUUAAUACUAUUAUUAUUAUUAUUAAUAUUAUUGUUAUUGUUAUUAUCAUAAUUAUCACUAUUAUUAUCAUCAUUAUCAUUACCAUUAUUUUUACAGUGAUUUCUGAAAGCGAUACGUCGAGGAACGUGAACACUCGAUUGAAUCGAUUUAAAUGACUGUUUUUAGACAACAACAUUCAUUGAGUUGUUUUAUUCAUUUUAGGAAUAUUACGCCAACAAAGACUACACUAGAGUCGUAAUUAACACCCUAGACGAACCAAUCCUAGCCCGUUAUAUCCGCAUUCACCCGAUCGCAUGGCAUGGACACAUUUCUUUUAGAUUUGAGUUAUAUGGUUGUUAUUCAGGUGAGAUGAAUGGAAAGUUAAGUUAAAUCAUGUCAACGUUAACUACUCUUGAUUGUUUUCAUGAUUUUAGGGAUGGCCACUCCAGGUUUGUGUCAAUAGUAUUUAUUUAGAUGUUUGCAGUAAUAUUUAGUAUACAUGAUUUAAUCAAAUUUCAAAAUAAGCCGCGAUUGUUUAUCUCGUCUUUUGAAACAUUUAGCACCCUAUUCAGAACACCUCUAAAGUACGUACUUUUGGAUAAGGUAGCAUGGACUAUGGCAUGUAUUCCAACCCUUGUUCGCCCCCCUCCCGACUUCUAAAUGCUAUCAAACGCAACAUCCAUUAAUUACAAUGGUCCUUAUUGCGUUCUUGCAGGAUUUUCUGCUCCGAAGCCACAAUCUUGCAUGGCCGGACUUGGAUUAGAAAAUGGAAACAUCCCCGAUUCAGCAAUAAUAGCUUCCAGCUUUUAUAACUCGUAUUACAGACCUGACCAAGGGCGUUUGCAAGCUCAGUAUGAAAGUGGCGGCUACGGAAGCUGGUUAGCAGCGACAUCGAACAAUCAACAGUGGUUCCAAGUGGAUUUUGGAAACUGGACAAAGGUGACGAGAGUCGCUAUACAGGGACGCCUGAAUGCGGCUCAGUGGGUUACAAAGUUUAAACUGGCGUAUGGAUACGACGGGGUAUUUUUCAAAGACUUCAAGGAAGACGGCGAUACUGCUAAGGUAAAAGAUACACCUUUGAAAACCAGAAAUGAGGCUACACUAUGCAAAGAAGAAUGGUACUUACACCUUACUUGCUGAGACUAUUACAAAAUGAUGCAGGCGAAGAUCUUUUGGGGUAUCAAGAGCGGUGUUUUUCACACAAUGAGCUUUGUUGCCUUUUUCCUUAACUUGUAAACGAUAAAGAUCAUCAUAACAAAGGAAUCUUUUCGGUCCCCUGGAAUCCUUCCCUGUUCCCCUAUACGAAACCUAUGCGCUGUAAAAUGUCUCCGCGAUUUCUUAAUUGUGGGUCAUAAAACAGUGCCUGCCUGACUCCUGAACCUUUUAAAAAAGGAUCGCUUAAUGCACGUAUAUGAAGGCUCAACAAUUUUAAUCGUCUUGGCAGGGUAUCUAAAUCCAAAACUGAAUUUGCAUUUUGUGUCUCAGGAAUUUGAUGGUAACACAGAUCAAUUCAUGGUUGUUAGCCACUUGUUGAAGAAGGCAAUCAUCGCCCGUUUUGUUCGAAUUGUUCCACUCACUUGGUAUGGAGCCGUUACGCUAAGAGCCGACUUCUAUGGAUGCGAGUCAGGUGAUCGCUUGUUUUAACUAAACUGAUUUUAUCCAACUCAGACUUCUACCAUAUAACAGUUAUAAGACUGUCCAUUUAUCAACCUUUCAAUGUGUAGGAAAUCUGAAAGAAAAGGAGAGACUGCUCGCACUCUACAGCUGUAAUUAUAUUCACCUAAAACGAAAAAUUUCUCAAAGAAAUAUCUAGGUAGUGAAAUGUUGUUCUUGAUGUACUGUGCUAACAGGGUUUGAAGUUCCGGACAUAGUGUGCGCAUCUGCUCUGGGAAUGCAGUCAGGCAAGAUACCGGACUCGGCUUUUGUGGCAUCAUCUCGGUAUAAUCAGUACUGGGGACCGGAGAGGGGAAGGUUAAACGAGAAAAAGGAAGGUAUGAUUUGUUUCAAAAUUGACUAGAACAGAGGGUGAUCUCUUGGUGAAGCUGAAGUCUAUAUCUUAGCUUAUCAGCGUCUUAUUUCCGUCCAUUAAAUACGAGUCAAUUAGCCUCGCUAAUGGGCAUUUUUGUUAAAAGAAAAAAAACUCCUCUGCUUGAAUUGACAAGUCCAUCAUCCAAACUAUACCAUCGAAAACGCAUAUAUGAAGACACGAUUUCGAUCUCAGGCUGCUCUGAGACGACGGUGCCCUACUCGCAAAUAGUGUAAACUAUUUUGUGUAUCUCGGCUAAUACACCAUUUCUAGGCAGUUUCAAUGGUGGAUGGGUUGCCCAGUAUGGAGGCGCUGAUCAGUUCCUGCAGAUUGACUUGGGUAAUGUUACCAAGGUAACAAGGAUCGCCACGCAAGGAAGGUAUGAUGCAGGCUGGUGGACAAAGACAUACACUCUUUCAUACAGUAAUGAUGGAGCAGCGUUCACAGCGUACAAGAAUGGCAAGGUAUAAAGACAUGUCUCAUUUCGUAGUACAUAAUAAGACGGAUUAAAACAAUAGAGAAACACAAUGGAUGUGACACUGCUAUUCUUAGUCUAACAGAACGAUGGAAACAAGAGCUUGACUCGACAAUCAUAAAGUCAUCAGAAGUAGUUUAAAUAGCUUUAACAAAAGCCUUUGCCUACUCUACCGCUUGAUAUGAUAGCACUGAAAUUAACGCAAUAUCAUGUUGACGACAAAAUCAUUGACCUAUCUUUCUAAUCGAAGGCAACGGGUAAAACUUUCGACAUGGCAGGAUAUAACAACUGGAAUUCCUCAUGGAUCCGCACAUGGGCCUGUUUUAUUCAACAUAUUCAUGAACGACCUUGUUAACUUGAUAAAAGGUAGCAACCUAUCGACUUAUGCAGAUGACACACGGGCAUUCUUUGCUGAUAAAAGAUCCUUUGAUAGUCCAAGAAAUUAUAAACUCUAAUUUAUCAUACGUACAUAAGUGUUUUUUUUGAAAAAUGGCAUUAAAAAAAAACACUCUAAAUACCAGGCUAUAGUGAUAGGCUAUGGGAAAGUUAAUCCAGAAUUUCGCUGUGAAAAUAACGCCAUCAGUCGCCGUUUCAUGUCAUCCGUUUGACGUAACAGGCGUAAUGCUUAACCUAUAUAAUAUUAUUCCAAUACCUUAUUUUAAGAUAACUAUUUGCCUUCCUAUUGUCAAGGUCUUCCAAGGCAAUACGGACUACAGAACUGCAGUAGGUCAUAUUCUUGAUCGUCCAAUUAUCGCUCGCUUCAUCAAAAUCAACGUGAAAACAUACCAAGGAUAUCCAUCAUUGAGGGUGGAGCUUUAUGGAUGCUCUGAUGGUAUGUGGGAUUUUUUUGUCUGAAAUGGAUGCUGGUUUACCUGUUAUCUGUUUCAAUUUUAUUUGAUAAGUCUAACUAUGUCUGUGUUUAAAAUUUUAUAGGCUUUUCCACCCCUAAUCCACCACAGUGUAUGGAAGCCCUUGGAAUGCAAUCCGGUGACAUACCUGACUCAGCCAUCACUGCCUCAAGCUCUGCUAAUGCCGUCAGUUAUGCUCCUUCAGUUGGCAGACUUCACUUUCUAUCUGCUGGUAGCGGUAGAUAUGGGAGCUGGGCAGCAGGAGCCAACAAUGCACAGCAGUGGUUUCAAGUCGAUUUUGGAAGCUGGACUAAAGUCACAGCAGUAGCGACACAGGGACGGCAAGAUUCUAAUCAAUGGGUAAAAACCUUUAGUAUGUCAUACAGCUAUGAUGGGGUUUUUUACAAGAUUGUGAGCAACGAGCAAGGUUUGAAAAAGGUAAGAGUUAUGAAGAAAGUAUUGUCAAGCCCUCUGCGCUCACCCCGCGCCCGAUCAUCCCUUACAAAAAACAGGCUAUUUGCGCUAAGAGGUCGUGUGACAUCUUUUUUAUGAAAAUGAAAGUUAUAUGAUUUUGCCUUCGAAAAACGAUUAGUGGGUCAUUUCUUAAACAAAAUAAUAGUGAUUUGGUUUUUCAAACCCGCACAUUUUCUUAAAAUGAGUAAGUUCGUAAAUGGUCAAGUGACCAAAAUGUGAUUUUUAAAAUUAUGAAUUAUUUCUUUCUAAACACAAAUUUUGCACUUAAACUUAAAGGAAAAUGUUGAAAAGAUGAUGUGGUAACGUUUACAGCACAUCUGAGCGUAACUAUCAAACGUUUAACCAGAUAUGAGCCAAAAGUAGUUUUGGCCGCCAUGUUGGAGGGCAAGAGUAUGUUCUCCAACAUGGCGGCCAAUACAAAUCAUACUACUUUGUUGAAAAGUCAAAGUGCCAUAAAAUAUCUCCCUUAAAUUCGUUUCCUCUCAAAUUUCGGGUGUAAUAUAAUUUUUAUGAGCCCUGUCAAUUUUUGGCAUCAGCAAGAUUCCAACUCAUUGUUUAAAGGAAGCAUUGAUCACCUGACCUCUUAGUGCAAGUGACCUACUGGCAUAAAACGCAGAUGUAAAUCUCGCCUUCGCUUUUAACGUCUUUCUUUUAUCUAAUCAAUUUUCAGCUUGGGCGGAGAGAUUUCUCUGCAGCAGUUUUAUCAAAUACAAAAUUAAAGUAGAUUUUUGCAUACUUAAUUGAAUUUUCUAUAGUAAAUCAUCGCCAAAAAAGAGAACACUUCUAGUCACAACUGUACAAUUUGAUAGUUUGAAAUCAACUGAGUGUAGUAUAUAGAUUAAGCCAGGGCUAAAGAUGAAGCCCCCGUUACUGCAUUUAGAAUUUACUUCAAACAAUAGAAUUGUUACAAUUGUAAAGAAACGUACUUAGAGUUAAGCCCGCGAUCAUUUGAACAAUAGUUACUUGUCCGCGGAUUACUUAAAAAAACACGCAACCUCCAUGGGUCGACCUCUAAGCCGAAUUAUGGUCAUGUGAUACUGGUCAGCAGAUACCCUAUUUUGACAACUGUCAAUUGACGACAACAUGCAAGUGCAAUAUCAGGUCUCAGGCUCCCACUCUAACCAGAAGGUGUGAAAUUUCACAAAGGUUACCUUUAAGUAAUUGCUCGACUACAAGAGAGAACCUUCUGAUAAGACGGUCGCUGCACUCAGGAAAGCGAGGAAAAAUUAAUGCUCAACGCAUCGCGCGCUGCCUCACCAAUGAUUACUGGCUGAAUCUCUCUCAGAGCAUCCAUCUAUCUGCUGACUGUGGGAAUCUCUGCGCUAUGUACGAUGGAAUAAAGAGAGCUUUCGGCCCAAGCGCUACCCAAACUGCACCUUUGAAGUAAGCUGCCGGCGACAUCAUCACAGACCGGAGUAAACUGAUGAAGAGGUGGACUGAACACUACCAAGAACCUACUCUAAAGAGAACAUCGUCACUGACACAGUAGUUGAGAGUACCAGCCUCCUGCCUGUUAUUAAUAAGCUUGACCUUCCACCCUCAGUAGACUUAUAACUUAAAGCAAUCAACUCUCUAGCCUGAGGGAAAGCAUCAGGCAACAAUGGCAUCCCUUCAGAGGUCAUCGAGGGUGGUAUGAAUACCGCUCUCCUUUGCCAUCUACACGAGCUCUUGCUUCAGUGCUGGGAGGAAGGAACAGUGCCCUAGGACAUGCGUGACUCUAACAUCGCCACGCUCUACAAGACCAAAAGACAAGGGACACCGCAGCGACUGUAACACACACCGUGGAAUAUCUCUCCUCAGUAUCACUGGGAAGGCCUUUGCCCGUGUAGCGUUGAAUAGCUUACAGAAGCUAGCAAAAAGGGUGUACCCUGAGGCUCAGUGCGGGUUCAAGGCAGGAAGGUCAACAAUUGACAUGAUCUUUUUCCUGAGGCAGCUGCAGGAAAAGUGUCGGGAGCAGAGCAGAGGAAACCCCUGUAUAUUGCCUUUAUCGACCAGAGUAAGGCCUUCGAGCCUAAUCAGCAGGAAGGGGUUAUUCACUCUCUUGCAGAGGAUGGGAUGCCCUCCCAAGCUCCUAAGGAAGAUAAUGUCUUUCCAUGAAGACAUGCAAGAAACCGUCCAGUAGGAUGGCUCAACCUCAGACUCCUUCCCAAUCAAGAGCGGAGUGAAACAGGGCCGUGUACUUGCACUCAAAUUCUUGGACAUCUUUUUUUCUGUACUGCUGUCUACCAGAAACGAUGGAAACCUCUUCAACCUUGCACGUCUCUGAGCAGAGACUAGGGUUCGGAAAGUACUGAUAAGGGAGAUACUGUUUGCAGACGACGCUGCCUUAACCGCACACAAUGAGAAUGCUUUACAACGACUAAUUAUCACCUUUGCACUCAAUUGUAGCGAGUUUGGUCUCACCAUCAGUCACAAAAAGACCAACAUCCUUGGCCAAGACGUCGGCAACAUCCCAAGCAUCUCCAUCGACCACUACACUCUCGAGGUGGAGGAGGACUUCACUUACCUAGGCUCCACCAUCUCCAACAACCUCUCCCCAGACACUGAACUGAACAAACGAAUUUCAAAGCAGAGCAGCACUGGAACAUCUCCGAAAGAGGGUCUUGGACAAAGCCAUGUUGACCAUCAGCACCAAGAUGAAGGUGUACCGCGGCCUGAGUACUCAGCACCCUGCUGCAUGGUAGCGAGACCCGGACCCUCUAUUCCCGCCAAGAGCGCAGACUCAACACCUUCCACCUGCGUUGCCUCAGAAGGAUUUUGGGCAUCACCUGGCGAGACCGAAUCCCAAACAAGGAUGUCCUAGCACAGGAAGGAGUACCUAGCAUGUUCGCCUUGCUCGUUCAGAGACGGCUGCGCUGGCUUGGCCAUGUAAGCCGCAUGGAUGGGGCUUACCACUGGAACUAGACCGGCAGGAAGGCCUAAUAUUAGCUUCAAAGAUGUUUGUAAACGAGAUCUGAAGGCAGGCAAUACAAUAUCAACCCUGCAGGUUGGGAAGCUGUAGAGACCGAGGUCACCGAAGGCUUGCUGUUAACGCAGGUACUGAGGCGAGUGAAGAGAGGAGAGAGGAGCAGUGGGAUGAGAGGAGAGAGCGCAGGCGGCUGAGGGCAGCAUCAGUACCCACAGAGCCAAGCAUGGAGGGCCUGCCGUUCCAGAAUGGGACUUUAGAGCCACAGCAGGCUGUGCAACUCAACCAAUGACUAAACCUUGGCGCUGAUUCCAUUAUCUCGCGAGACAGAAGGAUGCCAAAAGCCCUGUGGUGGGGACGGACGGGCGGACGGACGGACGGUCAAGUGACUACUAAAUUUCUCGGAUGGAUAGAUUGCUCAGUUUUCUUCGCUAUGGGCUUCUGCUCGCACGCUCCUUGCGCGUGCUUGGAGCUCCGCUAUAAAAGCUUCACGUUAAGCCUAGGACGUACACGCAAAGUCAUACCCCCACAAAGGGGGUCCCCCCUUGGGUUUUUGAUAUGUUGCAGUAUUUCAAAACGAUUUUGCCUUCAGUAGAAAGGCUUUGAUCUUGUCUACAAGACGAGGUAUAGUUUAUGGGUGGUGGCGCUGCUGGAGGUCUGUGACGUCACCAAACAUGGUCGCCAUCUUGGAUUUUAUCAAGAAUUAGAAACCAGGUAAAAACAGUGAGAAUUAAUAACUUUGUGCGCUUAUCAAGAUGUAAAAUAACACUUAAAUAAUUCCUUUGUAAGUCCGGGGGUUAAGGCUGUUCUUUCCGUCAUUUAGCUAAAAAGUGAGGCAGUGCUUCAAAUUUUCCGGUGGAAUUUACCUUGAAAAUUUAUUUAUUUUUUGGAAAAAUUCCAACUUAGUCCCUUUUGAACCUUUCAUCAGGUAUUUACUGCGAACUCUGACCGAUACACAGUAGUGAAGAACGUACUGGACAAACCAGUUAUAACGCGCUACUUACGGAUUCAUCCCGAGUCUUGGUAUGGACAUAUUUCUAUGAGGACGGAAUUCUAUGGAUGCACGAAAGGUAAUCACUAAUCAGGAAUAUCUGCUGUUAAAUGAAUCUACCUAGCUUAAGCUUAGCGCUUAUUAUACACCUAUUAUAUUUCUUAAAAGAAAAACAGCAGAUUGAAAUAACGAUUGUUAAUUUCUUGCUUUUCCCCGAAGGAUUCACACCCCCUAUAAUGGUAUGUGCAUCUGCUUUGGGAUUGGAAAACGGGAAGAUACCAGACACGGCCAUUGUAGCAUCGUCCAGAUACAACCAAUACUGGGGACCGGAGCGUGGCAGGCUAAACGAGAAAAAGGAUGGUAAUCACUUUUAAGCGUUUAAUCACCCAAUAAAAGGUGCUUUAAAUUCAACGGUAAAAGGUUUUGAUAUCUGCUAUUUAGCCUAGAGCAUUUGAAGUGCCGAGAAACAACUCGCCCUUCCAUGACACAGAUUACAACCAGCAAAAUGUUGGUCUCGAGUCAUUCUAAAAGUUUUUAUAUUCCCUAUUUGAAACGUCAAGGGUUAUCAAAACGUGUAUGAAUUGCUUCAGGAUUUUUUUGUCACUGAUCUUGAUUUGUCAUCAUUAAAAACGGCAAGAAAAACAACCUUUUCUUGAGCUGCACAGCCAUGUCUUUUAAGAAAUAUAUUCAAAUAUUUGUAGUAAAAUCUUGUUCAUCUCGACUGAAAACUGCAAAUAAACGUUUUUCAGGAAGUUUUAAUGGUGGAUGGGUUUCCCAAUAUGGAGGCGCUGAUCAGUUCCUGCAGAUUGACUUGGGUAAUGUUACCAAGGUAACAAGGAUCGCCACGCAAGGAAGGUAUGACGCAGGCUGGUGGACAAAGACAUACACUCUUUCAUACAGUAAUGAUGGAGCAGCGUUCACAGCGUACAAGAAUGGCGAGGUAACCCUGGAAUACAGUGACCCCCGUCGUUAUAAUAUUUACGUUCUUUAUGUUAGGACGAAACACGUUAUUUAAUUCUAUAUAAUUUAAUCUGUUAUGUUGACAUUUCGAAGGUCUUCCAAGGCAAUACAGAUUAUAAAACUGCAGUGGGUCACGUUCUAGAGCCUGCCAUUAUAGCUCGAUUUAUCAAAAUCAACGUGAAAACAUACCAAGGAUAUCCAACAUUGAGAGUGGAGCUAUUUGGAUGCUCUGAUGGUAUGUGGAGUUGUCGUUUUUUACGAAAUGACCAUAAAAAGGUCACUUACCUGUAUUUUGUUUGAAUUUGACUUGAAUACAUAUAUGUUUGGCUGCUUGAAAUUUCAUAGGAUUUGCUACCCCUAAACCACCUCAGUGUAUGGAAGCCCUUGGAAUGCAAUCCGGUGACAUACCUGACUCAGCCAUCACUGCCUCAAGCUCAGCUAAUGCCGUCAGUUAUGCUCCUUCAGUUGGCAGACUUCACUUUCUAUCUGCUGGUAGCGGUAGAUAUGGGAGCUGGGCAGCAGGAGCCAACAAUGCGCAGCAGUGGUUUCAAGUCGAUUUUGGAAGCUGGACAAAGGUCACAGCAGUAGCGACACAGGGAAGGCAAGAUUCUAAUCAAUGGGUGAAAACCUUUAGUAUGUCAUACAGCUAUGAUGGCGUGUUUUUCAAGAUUGUGAACAACGAGCAUGGUUUGAAAAAGGUAAGAGGUAUAAAGAAAAUCUUGUCAUCCCCCUGUGCUCCCUCCGUGCCAGAUCAUCCUUCAGUUGACAAACAAUUGGCACAAAGAAAAUCUCCCCUUUAAUUUUUACGUUUUUCUUUCGGCUGCUUUAUUUUGCUGAUUGAGCGGUAGGAUUUGUUAGCAGCAGUUUUGUGAGUGAAAAUUAAAACAACUUUUUGCAUACUUAAUUAAAGUUCUUGUAGCAGAACAUAUUUAUGUCGAAAAAGAAGCCAAAACUGUGUCAUUUGAUAGUGUAAAAACAUUUAUCUUUUAUACUGAAAGGCUGCUCGAUUCCUUUUACGUCAUUUAAUUAAAAAAGGGAGGUGUUGCAUUUAUUUUGCCUAUGGAAUUUAUCUUCAAAAUGUCUUAAAGAAUUAAUUCCAUCCGUUUUAGAGGCGGAUCCAGGAAUUUUUUAUUGGGGGGUUGACCAAGCUUUGUUCAGAAGGGACUGUUGAACUUUUUUGUGGCAUAUUACCUCUCACAGAGCCGACCACGUGUUUCUCAAUCUGUGAAGGCCAGGCGCUGUUGGCGAGGGAAAUACCGCCUUGCGAGCAGAGGCAAACAGAUCAUAGGAGGGUACCGAAAAACAAUUACAGUUUUGCGUAUCCCUGGAAUUUAGUUUAGUGGCAAAAUGAAACGCCCGUUUCAUUAAAAAGAAAAGCCAGUUGAAAAGUGCUAUACGAUCCUGUCGAUGUACGAAUUUUAGUCUCAAACAAGUGUUAGGUCUGAUUGGAGUUUGCGGACCCUUAGACCCUUUCCCUAUAUCAGCCUCUGCGAUUUUAGUUAAGAAGUAUUUCGCGAUCAACUUUGCUCAAACCGUCGUGCUGAAAUGUUGAGGAAGCUAACACCAAUGCUAUUCAUCCCAACAAUUAUGUCUCGAUCGUGAAGAUUCUAAUCUCGUUUCUUCUGAUUCUUUCGUCAGGUGUUUACUGCAAACUCUGAUCGGUACACAGUAGUAAAGAAUGGGCUGGAGAAACCAGUUAUAACGCGGUACAUACGGAUUCAUCCCGAGUCUUGGUAUGGACACAUUUCUAUGAGGACAGAAUUCUUUGGAUGCAGGAAAGGUAAUGAGAUUUACAAUUUGCUAUCAGAUAAGAUUACUCAGGGCACUCACUCUCCAAUAGUCAAAACAGACCGACCAGGCUAUUUUCGUGGUAAUGAGGUUUUCAGUUUUAAUCAAACCUAACCCACCAGAAAAGUCGAGUAUUCUUAAAGGAGAUGGUUUUCAGCAAAAAUUCUCGUUAAAAGUCAGUUUCAUUUGCAAAAGAAUGGUCCGGCCUGCCAGUUCUGACUUUCGGAAAGCGCCUUCGGUAGGUUCAGUGCUUAACUUCCAAUAUUUCAAAAAAUACAAAAAGCAAAUAAAAAAUAACGUUUCUUUCUUUCUUUCCUUUUUACUUAAGGAUUUGAACCCCCUAAAAUAUUAUGUGCAUCUGCUUUGGGAAUGGAAAACGGGAAGAUACCAGACACGGCCAUUGUAGCAUCGUCCAGAUACAACCAAUACUGGGGACCGGAGCGUGGCAGGCUAAACGAGAAAAAGGAUGGUAAUCACUUUUAAGCGUUUAAUCACCCAAUAAAAGGUGUUUAAAAUCAACUGCUAAAGGUUUUGGAUACUUGCUAUCUAGCCUAAAGCAUUUGAAGUGUGUGGAGUGCAUCCGAGAAACCAGUCGCCCUUCCAUGACACAGAUUACAACCAGGAAAAUGUUGGUCUCGACUGAUUCUAAAACUUUUCAUAUUCCCUAUUUGAAAAGUCAAGGGUUAUCGAAAAGUGAAUUGCUUCAGGAUUUUUUUUGUCACUGAUCUUGACUUGUCGUUUUCAAAAACAGCAGCAAAAACAACCUUUUUCUUGAGCUGCGCAUAUCUUUGUGCGAAAAAUAUUUAAAGAUUGGUAGUAAAAUUUUGUUCAUCCGGACUGAAAACUGCGAAUAAACGUUUUUCAGGAAGGUUUAAUGGUGGAUGGAUUUCUCAUUAUGGAGACACUUAAAUAAAUAAAUAAAUAAAUAAUUAAAUAAACAAAUAAAUAAAAUAAUUCUCUCAGACGACAGUGCCCUACUCGCAGGUGGUGCAAACUAUUUUGUGUGUUUCGUCCAAUAUACCUUUUCAGGCAGUUUCAAUGGUGGAUGGGUUUCCCAAUAUGGAGGCGUUGAUCAGUUCCUGCAGAUUGACUUGAGUAAUGUUACCAAGGUAACAAGGAUCGCCACGCAAGGAAGGUAUGAUGCAGGCUGGUGGACAAAGACAUACACUCUUUUAUACAGUAAUGAUGGAGCAGCGUUCACAGCGUACAAGAAUGGCGAGGUAACCCUGGAAUACAGUGACCCCCGACCUUACAAUAUUAUAUAGAUCUUUAAAUUAGGACGAAAAAAGUUAUUUUAUUUUAUAUAACUUAAUCUGUUAUGUUGACAUUUUGAAGGUCUUCCAAGGCAAUACAGAUUAUAGAACUGCAGUGGGUCACAUUCUAGAGCCUGCCAUUAUUGCUCGAUUUAUCAAAAUCAACGUGAAAACAUACCAAGGAUAUCCAACAUUGAGAGUGGAGCUAUUUGGAUGCUCUGAUGGUAUGUGGAGUUUUCGUUUUGUAUGAAAUGACCAUACAAAGGUCACUUCGGCUGUAAUUUGUUUGAAUUUGACUUUGAUUACUAUGUUUGGCUACUUGAAAUUUCAUAGGAUUUGCUACCCCUAAACCACCUCAGUGUAUGGAAGCCCUGGGAAUGCAAUCCGGUGACAUACCUGACUCAGCCAUCACUGCCUCAAGCUCUGCUAAUGCCGUCAGUUAUGCUCCUUCAGUUGGCAGACUUCACUUUCUAUCUGCUGGUAGCGGUAGAUAUGGGAGCUGGGCAGCAGGAGCCAACAAUGCGCAGCAGUGGUUUCAAGUCGAUUUUGGAAGCUGGACUAAAGUCACAGCAGUAGCGACACAGGGAAGGCAAGAUUCUAAUCAAUGGGUAAAAACUUUUAGUAUGUCAUACAGCUAUGAUGGCGUUUUUUACAAGAUUGUGAACAACCAGCAUGGUUUGAAAAAGGUAAGAGGUAUGAAGAAAAUCUUGGCACCCUCCUGCGCUCCCUCCGUGCCCGAUCAUCCGUCAGUUGACAAACAAUUGGCACAAAGAAAAUCUCCCCUUUAAUUUUUACGUUUUUCUUUCGGCUGCUUUAUUUUGCUGAUUGAGCGGUAGGAUUUCUCAGCAGCAGUUUUGUGAGUGAAAAUUAAAACAACUUUUUGCAUACUUAAUUAAAGUUCUUGUAGCAGAACAUAUUUAUAUCGAAAAAGAAGCCAAAACUGUGUCAUUUGAUAGUGUAAAAAUAUUUAUGUUUUAUACUGAAAGACUGUUUGAUUCCUUUUACGUCAUUUAAUUAAAAAAGGGAGGUGUUGCAUCGACUUUGCCAAUGGAAUUUAUCUUCAAAAUGUCUUAAAGAAUUAAUUCCAGCCGUUUUAGGGGCGGAUCCAGGAAUUUUAUUUUUGGGGGUGGACCAAACUUUGGUUCAGAAGGGACUGUUGAACUUUUUUGUGGCAUAUUACCUCUCACAGAACCGACCACGUGUUUCUCAAUCUGUGAGGGCCGGUCGCCGUUGGCGAGGGAAAUACUGCCUUGCGAGCAGAGGCAAACAGAUCGUAGGAGGGUACCGAAAAACAAUUACAGUUUUGCGUAUCCCUGGAAUUUAGUUUAGUGGCAAAAUGCAACGCCCGUUUCAUUAAAAAGAAAAGCCAGUUAAAAAGUGCUAUACUAUCCUGUCGAUGUACGAAUUUCAGUCUCAAACAAGUGUUAGGUCUGAUUGGAGUUUCCGGACGCUUAGACCCUCCCCCUAUAUCAGGCUCUGCAAUUUUAGUUAAGAAGUAUUUCGCGAUCAACUUUGCUCAAACCGUCGUGCUGAAAUGUGGAGGAAGCUAACACCAAUGCUAUUCAUUCCAACAAUUAUGUCUCGAUCGUGAAGAUUCUAAUCUCGUUUCUUCUGAAUCUUUCGUCAGGUGUUUACUGCAAACUCUGAUCGGUACACAGUAGUAAAGAAUGGGUUGGAGAAACCACUUAUAACGCGGUACAGUCGGAUUCAUCCCGAGUCUUGGUAUGGGCACAUUUCUAUGAGGACGGAAUUCUUUGGAUGCAGGAAAGGUAAUGAGAUUUACAAUUUGCUAUCAGAUGAGAUUACUCAGGGCACUCACUCUCCGUUAGUCAAAACAGACCGGCCAGGCUAUUUUCGUGGUAAUGAGGUUUUCAGUUUUAAUCAAAACUAACCCACCAGAAAAGUCGAGUAUUCUUAAAAGGAGAUGGUUUUCAGCAAAAAUUCUCGUUAAGUCAGUUUCAUUUGCAAAAGAAUGGUCCGGCCUGCCAGUUCUGACGUUUGGAAAGCGCCUUCGGUUAAUUCAGUGCUUAACUUCCAAUAUUUAUUUAGAAAAAUACAAAAAGCAAAUAAAAAAUAACGUUUCUUUCUUUCUUUCCUUUUUACUUAAGGAUUUGAACCCCCUAAAAUAUUAUGUGCAUCUGCUUUGGGAAUGGAAAACGGGAAGAUACCAGACACGGCCAUUGUAGCAUCGUCCAGAUACAACCAAUACUGGGGACCGGAGCGUGGCAGGCUAAACGAGAAAAAGGAUGGUAAUCACUUUUAAGCGUUUAAUCACCCAAUAAAAGGUGUUUAAAAUCAACUGCUAAAGGUUUUGGAAACUUGCUAUUUAGCCUAAAGCGUUUGAAGUGUGUGGAGUGCAUCCGAGAAACCAGUCGCCCUUCCAUGACACAGAUUACAACCAGCAAAAUGUUGGUCUCGACUGAUUCUAAAACUUUUCAUAUUCCCUAUUUGAAACGUCAAGGGUUAUCGAAACGUGAAUUGCUUCAGGAUUUUUUUGUCACUGAUCUUGACUUGUCGUUAUUAAAAACAGCAGCAAAAACAACCUUUUCUUGAGCUGUGCAUAUCUUUGUGCGAAAAAUAUUUAAAGAUUGGUAGUAAAAUCUUGUUCAUCCGCACUGAAAACUGCGAAUAAACGUUUUUCAGGAGGUUUUAAUGGUGGAUGGAUUUCUCAUUAUGGAGACACUUAAAUAAAUAAAUAAAUAAAUAAAUAAAUGAAAUAAUUCUCUCAGACGACAGUGCCCUACUCGCAGGUGGUGUAAACUAUUUUGUGUAUUUCGUCUAAUAUACCUUUUCAGGCAGUUUCAAUGGUGGAUGGGUUUCCCAAUAUGGAGGCGCUGAUCAGUUCCUGCAGAUUGACUUGAGUAAUGUUACCAAGGUAACAAGGAUCGCCACGCAAGGAAGGUAUGACGCAGGCUGGUGGACAAAGACUUACACUCUUUCAUACAGUAAUGAUGGAGCAGCGUUCACAGCGUACAAGAAUGGCGAGGUAACCCUGGAAUACAGUGACCCCCGACCUUACAAUAUUAUAUAGAUCUUUAAAUUAGGACGAAAGAAGUUCAUAUUUAAUUUUAUAUAAUUUAAUCUGUUAUGUUGACAUUUUGAAGGUCUUCCAAGGCAAUACAGAUUAUAGAACUGCAGUGGGUCACAUUCUAGAGCCUGCCAUUAUAGCUCGAUUUAUCAAAAUCAACGUGAAAACAUACCAAGGAUAUCCAACAUUGAGAGUGGAGCUAUUUGGAUGCUCUGAUGGUAUGUGGAGUUUUCGUUUUGUAUGAAAUGACCAUACAAAGGUCACUUAUCUGUAAUUUGUUUGAAUUUGACUUUGAUUACUAUGUUUGGCUGCUUGAAAUCUCAUAGGAUUUGCUACCCCUAUACCACCUCAGUGUAUGGAAGCCCUGGGAAUGAAAUCCGGUGACAUACCUGACUCAGCCAUCACUGCCUCAAGCUCUGCUAAUGCCGUCAGUUAUGCUCCUUCAGUUGGCAGACUUCACUUUCUAUCUGCUGGUAGCGGUAGAUAUGGGAGCUGGGCAGCAGGAGCCAACAAUGCGCAACAGUGGUUUCAAGUCAAUUUUGGAAGCUGGACAAAAGUCACAGCCAUAAGGACACAGGGACGGCAAGAUUCGAGUCAAUGGGUCAAAACCUACAGUAUCUCGUACAGCUAUGAUAGCGUAUUUCAUAAGACUGUAUACAAUGAAUAUGGUUCAAAAAAGGUAAGGAAUUGCUACAGGAAAAGCAUGGGUAAAGUACCCUACCGGCCAUCGUUCUUAUUAUAGAGAAAAACUAUAAUUUGUUUUUGGAGUGUCAAAAUACUUUUGGAGUACAGAUUAAUAAAGUUAUGCUCUUUUUACCGUAUUCCUUGGGAUAUUUCAAUCAUUUUUUAUUAUAUUACUGUUUGGCAGCUGAUUAACAUACAGAGAGUGAAUUGAGCAGUCUUCAAAAAGAGCAAUGCGAGUAAGGGAUGUCUUACGUUAUCUAACGUGGUCCUCUGUGUCAAUGAUAAUUUGAAACUUUGACCGUUUAGUAGUGUUGAGAAAAACUUUGUAUAACGCAAGUAAAAAAGGUCACUAUUGUAGAAGUCGGACAAUUUUUCUUACUGCCUGCGCAAAAUCUUUGAUGUAACGGACUUCCCAAUAUUAGUUUACGCUACAAAUUAAGACGCCCUUACAGGAACAAUAAUUUUUUUCAAGCAGGACGGCAAACCUGCUUUACAAUUCAAGCAGGUGCAAGUGUAUUUUAUAAUCUUUCAAGUUUUUUCUACAACUUUCAGGGCCAGUUAGUUGUUGAGUUUGAUUUUAUAACUGGGAGUCGCUUGAUGCGUGAAAUCUUUGUGUAGGUUUUUUUUUAUGACAUUAGCCUUAUCGUUUCAGAUAUUCACUGCCAACUACGACCGUUACACCGUAGUAGAGAACAUGCUAGAUAAACCAAUUGUCACCAGGUACUUAAGGAUCCAUCCAGAGUCAUGGCAAAGUCACAUCUCAAUGAGAACGGAGUUUUUGGGCUGCAAGAAAGGUAUAUACCUUGUACUUAACACAGAUACUGUGAUGAUAUCCAAGUGAUGAGACCUACUUUAUAAACGAAUGGGUUUAUCUCUUUAAUGAAAGUCUACAGGGGCUUAUAUUUCUGCAUUUUAUAAAGCUAGUUCAGUAAACGUUGUCGAAGUUCAAAACUUAAUUAAAAAGCCGAAUUCACAAGGCCGCAAGGUCAUGUGGGUAUACCACUGAAUCCUUUGCAAUUCGAUCUGUCUUAACGUCGAGCUUAUCAGAGCCAUAAAAUUGUAUAAAAAUUGAUGAAACGUUUAACUUUGUGUUUUUAUGACGGACGAGUUGCUUCAUAGUUGAGUUUAGUUUAUGAGAUUACCCAUAUUGCUAUGCUGUCUCAUCUCGCAUGCUUCCUGAUAUUGUUCAUUGAAUUAGUGAUUUUUUCGGUGGAUAGCGCCAUCCAGCUUUGAACAACUGAAGCCUAAUUAAAUCGCAAGCGUUUUACGAUGUAGGUGAUUCUUUGCGAUCGUCUACAAGGUUUUCUCAAUUAAUAACAGGCUUUCUAUUGAAACUUUACCAUCGUUGUUACCAUAACAGGGUUUGCUCCGCCGAAAAUCGUUUGCGCGGAUGCUCUUGGAAUGGAAAGUGGAGAAAUUCCUCGUUCCGCCCUUAAAUCGUCGUCAGAUUAUAACCAGUAUUUUACAGCUGAAAGAAGCAGGUUAAACGAGAAAAAAGAUGGAAGUUAUUACGGUGGCUGGGCUUCCAAACACGCCGAUGUUGGACAAUGGCUACAGAUUGACUUGGGGAAAACAGCUAAGAUCACCAGGAUCGCUACUCAGGGGCGAUACGAUGCAAACUGGUGGGUUACAAAGUAUAGACUGACAUACAGCGACGGUGGGAUAUUCAAGUCGUAUAAAAAUGGACAGGUGAGUAUUUAACAGCAUCAAAAAAAUCAUUGCAUCAUCAUCAUCAUCAAUGCAGUCAGCAUGGAUUCGAAAAAAACUGUUUUAGGGUUCAGCAUAGUUUGAUGAGUCUUCCCCACUUACGUAUGUUGUUGGCGCUCUCCUGCUAACGGUUCAGCUCGAUAUCUCUCCAUUUCAUGCUUCUCUUAGCAACAUCCUUGAACCUUAACGUAGGCCCUCCUUGAUUAUGCAUUCCCAAACAGAGCUGAUAAUUUAAUAGCUGCUUUGAUAGAAUGCAUUUGAUGAGUGAACAAUCCAUCACUUGGCAAAGACUGUUUCGCCAUGAUAGGAAGAGCUGACAUGACAGGAUCAAAAAUUAACGCCGCUAUGGUGCUUUGCUGCCACAAAACAGAAAUUAUUUUUGUUUUUUCUUUAUCUUUAUAGCAUAUUACCACAUAAACUACAUAUAAAAUGAAUAUCUGCCAUAAAAGCAUUUUUAUUCAGCAUUUUGAUCAUUCAUUUGAUAUGCAUACCCUUUUAAGGGCAUUUUGAGACUCUUAUAUCGUUGGCUAUAGAGUAUGCUAUUGUAGCUUUUCUUCAAACAACCCCAUACAAAGAUUCUACAGCUAUUUCUGCUCUGCAUACCUGGAAAACCCCUGGAUUGUAAUUGUAGACUCGUUGAAAGAAAAUUUAAAGAAGAUUAGGAUAUACAAGAUAAGAGACAACAAAAGUGGAAUUUUUUACAAAAAUGUACAUUUCCGCACUUUGUGUGAAAAAUAGUAAAAAUCGUUUUCUUUCCUUGCAACAGAUAGACAAACCAGUAUUUUUAAAUAUAAUACCAAUAUUACUACUGCACCACACGUACCGUUACCUUACGCAUGCGCACAACCAUAUCACCCCGGCAGUGGUAGCCAUGGAUGGUUCGUGUGCUUCAGAGCUAAUAUUGGAGUAAUUUUUGAAUAUGAAGCUUGUCGAUUAAGGUGUACCCAACAACUAGUUAAUAACGUUUUUGGUAUCUUUGCUAAGGAAAUCACUGGAAACAGGGAUCGAAACACCCCCCAUGGCCAUGUUUUGGACCAACCAAUCAUAGCACGGUAUAUCCGCAUCCAUCCAGUUGCUUGGUAUGGGUACAUCUGUAUGAGAGUAGAGCUGUUUGGCUGCAGGAAAGGUAUAUUUAUUAUUGCCGGUUUUAUGAUUAAGUUCAUGUCAAGGCGGCAAUAUAUAUCUUAUUCACGUUAACUCUGUUAUGAUGAAGCAAUCAUAGACUAAUCUUUAACUGGCUUAUACAUAUGUUGUCACUCUAGAUACUGCAAAUAGGGUCCUAGGGCCCGCAAAUCGAUAUUAACAUUUAACAUUAAGGCCCUGUUUACUAGGAGGAAGGAUAACCCUAGUAAGAGGGUUACCCUGCCUACCUUGUUAACGCUCUGAUAGGGAUAACUCGCCUACCCGGGACAACUUUCCUCCGUCAUGCGUGACCAGAUAUCUUGACAAUUUGAACGGAGUUAUCUAAUUUCUAAGCUAAAUCAUAAACAUUUCAACAAUAAUUUAUAAGGGAAUUUCUAUACGCGAUGAUGAUAUUUUUCCGUUUUGUCGCAAAUUUAAGGUGUUUUCCACUGAGAACUUCAAGUUUUCUCUCAAAUCUUAGACGUUACAAAUAAUGUUUAUUUUAGUCUUAUGUGGUCAUGCGUGACGAAACACGUCAGUAAAGCUCGUUAAGUUGACCCUGGUGAUGAGGUAACCCUACCUGUGAAGGUUUAGUCGUCAACCGGGGCUAUCUUUAGCCCGAUCACUGGGGUAACCCCAGCACAAAGGAAACAUUUUCUCCUUGGAAACAGGCCCUAACUCUGUAAACUGAAGUUUGUAUUAGGCGUAAGAGAAAAUGAAAACAUUUUUCGUCGUGGCAAAGAAGGCUCCCUGUUUUGAGUGAGUAGCAAAAAGGACAGGUGAAACUUUGACACACUCAAUUUCAGAACUUAUAUCAAUGAUUUUCUACCAAUGUCUGUUUAAUUUUCGUUAAUAUUGAUCAAAAAAUAUUUAUUAGCCGACGUCAGUCCGUUAAGAAAUUUUCCCAAUUCUAGAAGUCGAUGGGCUAUUCUUAUCGAACUAUGUUGUUUCAUUUACUCUUAUCUAUUCCUGGCCCUCAUGAGCCAUGGCCUCUUAUGCCUGCUCUUUUUUUUUCUUUUCGGUCAUUCCGAUACAUUGUUGUUUUGAUGUUCUGGGCACAUACCUAGCAUUAGUGAAAAGCCAACAUUUUGCGACGAGAACACUGAUUUCUCCCAAAAAUGACUCCUGAAGAACAAGCGCAGAAAUUCCAUACGAUGACGUGUCACUAAUACCUGGGUACUGCUUCUGAUUGGUUGAAGCAAAUUUCCCUUGUGUCACGACCAAUCAGAGUUACUUCCUAGAUCUGAGUAGUGGCGCGCCAUCAGUACGUAUGGUAUUUUUGCGUUCGCUCCUCAGACGCCUAUUCGCUGGGAAAGUAGAGUUGAACUCUCUAAAUGUCGGCUGUUUUCUCACGCUAGAACAGCCCAGUAUGCAUUGUACACUUAAUGCCAGGUCCCGAAGGAAACAGUUAGUGUUGUUUUCCCGAGGGUCUUUAAGUUACCCGAGACGAAGUAUUUUGAUAUAUUCCUAGACUUUCACUUCAACAGCGACAAAGAAUUUUAAUUCUUGGUCUGAUUCGAUGAGUUCUUAAAAGAACUAAUCUAUUUUUUUUUUAGUUCUUAAAAGAAUUAAUUGAAUCAGUUUCGGUACUUAUACCUUUUUUUCCUCCACUAGCUGCUACAUCUUUUCUUAGAUAGCUUAGAAAAUCGCUACUCUGUUUAGCUUAGACCUCCAUGUUUGUGUGCCUUCCUCCCUUAACCCAACAUUUUCCUUGGGUUAUGGGAGUGGUAGCAGCAUUUUCUCCUGGUCCAGAAGCCAUUGAUCCACGAUCCUGGGCCCUUGACUGAUCCCUCAUUUCACUGUUUUUGACAGGUUUUACCCCUGGGGAAGUGGAAAAGUGUAAGCGAAUUCUGGGAAUGCAAAACUAUCAAAUCCCUGACUCGGCCAUUAGGGCGUCCACAUCGUACAAUGUGAAAUCAAUGGGACCUGAAAAUGGAAGGCUGCACUUCCAGUCCAAAAGUGGCAAGUAUGGCGCCUGGGCUGUGUCUAGGAAUGAUAAGUUCCAGUGGUUUCAAGUUGACUUUGGAAGUUACGCAAAAAUCACAGGGUUAUCAACUCAGGGAAGACAGGAUGGUUCUUGGUGGGUGAAGACUUACAGUCUUUCAUUCAGUCAUGAAGGUGUUUUCUUUGAAGACUACAAGGAAAAUAAUGCAACGAAGGUAAAAUAAAUGUACAAGUUGUCGACAAGUGUAAAAUAUGCAAAAGCUUAGUGGUUGUUCCUGCAAAUUGUAAAGGUCAUAACACUUUUUUUUUCACAUAUUUGUCGUCACUGACAGAUCUGAUAGUCUCGGUGUUAUCGUCUCACUCUGAUGGAGAACCUAUGUUUCGAUCACGAACGGAUAUAUAUGCUGCAGAACGUAGGAUCUAUAGAAAACCUGAUCACCAAAAAUAAACCAAGUAAACACAAUGGUUGCAGCUCUUUAUGCCUACAACCCUUCUCUGUUUAGAUUCAGUCGGUGUCGUACUUUUGUCUUUCAGGCUUUACUUUUUCUUAGUACGAACUGCUUUGCAGAUUUCAAUGUGUUUAAGUAGUAGAACUAGUUAUUUUAAAUGUCUCACAGAUUAUGUAUCAACGUUUAAAAAACGGUCCUAUUUAAUUUCAAAUUUGUAGAUAACUUUGUUUUUCCUUUCUAGGUUUUUGUUGGCAAUACUGAUAGGUAUACCGUCGUGAGCCAUGAUCUCAAGAAUCCCAUUAUCACAAAAUUUAUCAGAAUAAUUCCUAUUUCCUGGCAAGGCUAUAUAUCUUUGAGAGCUGAAUUCUAUGGUUGCAGGGAAGGUAAGUGUUAUUAUCAAUUAAGAAAUGUCUUGUUUCGACGCCAGGAUUCGAACCCGGGCCACAUUGGUAGGAGACGACUGCCUCCACCACUGCGUCACCCUUGCUUCCCCAAUAACCCUUCUUCCCUCAACAAUCAACAUUUUCCCUCUUUUUUCUUAAACAUUACCAUGGACGUUAAUGUGUUUGUUUCAGUGCGAUAAAAAGGACUACUAUACCUGACCUAUACUACUGAUGCAUUUGGAAUUGAACUGACUGAUCAGUCUAGGCAAUAUUAAAAGGCUUAACUCGUAAAAAGAUGGAUUUUGUUUUGCCUAGGGUUCGAUCCUCCAAAGGUCGUUUGUGUAACUCCUCUCGGAUUAGAAAAUGGUCAGAUUCCGGACAGUGCAAUGGUGGCAUCUUCGCAGUAUAAUCAGUAUUACGGACCGGAACGGGCAAGACUGCGUAAAUUGACUCAAGGAAGUUACGUCGGUGGAUGGUCUCCAAAGUCCUCAAAUGAAGGAGAGUGGAUACAGUUUGACUUGGGAAAGAACACCAAAGUGACCAGGAUGGCCAUUCAGGGAAGAGAAAACGCAAACUGGUGGACCACCAGCUACUCGCUGUCCUACAGGGUUGAUGGUGGCAGUUAUGAAAUUUACAAUAACGGCCAAGUAAAGUAUAUGAGACAUUUGAAUAAUACAAUACGUUUUCGAAUCUUUAUAAUAUGUCGAUAGUUAUGUAUAGGCGACGCUUAAUCAGGCUUUGGCCUGCAGGGCUAUGCGGUCACGUUAGGGUUGAAACAGAUCCUUUAAAUUUUCAGUGUAAAUAAAGCGAGUUAUUCAAUCUUCUCGAGCAGGUAUUUCCUGGCAACAGAGACAGAAAUACGCCCGUGGGUAAUGUCAUGAACCCACCCAUCAUCGCCCGCUAUAUCAAAUUUCACCCCAAGACAUGGAAUGGUUUCAUUUCUUUGCGGGUUGAACUCUAUGGAUGCAGAGAAGGUUAGUACAUUCUUAAAAGACCUAUCCAUCUAGGGAAAGAAAAUUAGUUUCAAAGGGGCGCUUGAAGCAGCAGCUCUCAAGAACUUAACUAAGACGGACGCUGCUGGUCACUGAAUAGUACCAAUGGUAAGUUCCAAUGGCGAAUCAAAGGGAAAAAAAUGAAGAACAGCACAAAUCAGCCAUAGAUGUCCAUUAAUUAAGAGAGAGAAUGUGAAAGCGCCAAAACUAAUCGAUGAGAUAGCCAAAAAAUGAACUAAAAGACUGAAGUUCUAUAGCUCCCUGAGAGGCCGUUAUUUUUGAAUAAACCUCAUAGGAACCCUUGACUCUCCUUUUUUUUCCUUUUUAAGUGUAAAUUACUCAGUGUAGUUUUUAAGGAGCUAUGUUAUGGCUGUAUAGUUCUUUUUUUUUUUCAAUUAUGCUAAUUACACGUCCUUAUUCCUUAUGGAACUUGUGAAAUUACUAAGCUUUUGAACGACAGCAUCAGAGGUUAAGUAAAAGAAAUUUGUCUCCCAAGCAUUAUAUCAAACGUUGCAAACAAUAAAAGUGAACUGUGAAAAACUGUUAGCCUAGAAAGUUUUCAAAAACCACAAUUGCAAGAUCCGUUUCAAUCUUCUUCAAUUUUGUCCAUCCGUGUCUCCUUCAGUUGCAUUUGCUUUGUUGUUUGUACCUUCUUUUCCUGUUUUUGUCAAUCAUUUUGAUGUUGCACUCAGUCUGGUGGUAGUUUUCACCGUUUAAGUUUGGAUAAACUUCUUGACACAGCUCCUUUAAUAUUCACUUCUACAGGAUUUUUUUUCUGUUUUACCUAUUACGUUUAAAUUCCUUGGAAAUCUUCCUUAGUUUGGUAAACGUCUUUAUCACAGGGUUCACUACACCAAAGCCGCCUACCUGUGCAGCUCCAUUGGGCAUGCAGAACAACCAGAUACCAGACUCCGCUCUCAGAGCUUCUACCUCAUACAAUGCCAACUCAAUGGGACCAGCAAACGGGCGACUGCAUUUCAUGGCAGGAUCUGGUAAAUAUGGAUCUUGGGCAACAUCCACCAAUAAUCAGUUCCAGUACUUUGAGGUAAACUUCGGCGACUGGACUCGGGUUACGAAGAUCGCGACUCAAGGGAGGCAAGAUGGAGGGUGGUGGACAAAGAGCUACAGUCUUGCUUACAGUUAUGAAGGGGUUUUCUUUGUAGACUAUAAAGAAGAUGGUAAAGUCAAGGUAUGCUAAGAAUUGCGGUUCGUCAGAAUGAAGAGUUUUGUUCAGUCGAUUACGGCAAAAUGCAAAACACAUUUUUGCACAUUUUUUUUACUGGAAAGAGUAAACCGGUUUAAAACACGCACGAGAGCGACUGUUUAAAAUUCAAUUUUUGUUCAUUUUAUGACUAGCUUAUCUAUAUUUCUAGUUGAUCUUGCAAAAGUUUUAUUGCCAAAUGGUAGGUGGCCACUACCCCCUCCCAUUAAUUAUAACUUGAUUGUUUGCUAUGGGUCGAUCAAGGCUGAAAAUUCGCCGUUUUUUUUUUUUUUGUCGUGUCUGUGCAGGUGUUUACAGGAAAUAACGAUAUGUACACAGUGGUACGGCACUCCUUGAAGUAUCCGAUCAUAACACGGUAUCUUCGAAUCAAGCCCAAAGCGUGGAACGGCUACAUAGCAUUACGAGCCGAGUUCUAUGGCUGCAGACAAGGUGAAGUCAGUUUUGAUUUUCCAUUUCCAUUAAUCAUGUUCAGCAAGAAACCUUUUUUUGCAUAAUAGUUAUAUUUGUAGUCACAGUCAUCAUCAUCAUCAUCAUCAUCAUCACUGACGUUUCGUAGCACAUACUGGCAGUCAAUGAGUAAAAAGACUGGCAAUUAUAUUUACAGACCUUAAGCAAAACGUCUACAGUCUGAAGUUUGCAUGUUUUUAUUAAUAGGUUUUACACCUCCGGAAAUUAAAUGCAGAAAUCCCUUGGGCAUCGAAAGCGGAAAAAUCCCAAGUACCGCUAUCGUAGCAUCAACGAUGUACAACCAGUACUAUGGACCUGACCGUUCCAGGCUUCGCACGGUACGAGAAGGAAGCUAUGGUGGAGGCUGGGCUGCUCAAUAUAAUGACGCAAAUCAAUUUCUACAGUUUGAUCUGGGUAAGGUUGCUAUGGUGACGGCCGUCGCUACCCAAGGUCGAUCGGACGCUCAUUGGAUGGUUACGAGCUACACUUUGGCGUAUAGUUUAGACGCUGGUUCGUUUACACCUUAUGGAUAUGGAGACGGACAGGUUAAAACACUUUUUCUCCAUGCUCUUAUAUAUUUAAGUGAUAAGAAACAGACUGCGGUGGUGCUUUAACGUCAAAGCACAAAUUACGCAAUAACCAACUCUUUAAUUCUUAAGCUAAAUGUUUGAUUGCAAAAUGUUGAAGUGUAGAUUAAAAAGAGUUUUUAAACUUCCUUGAUAUGUACACUAGUUUGUAAGCGGGCAAUAUGUGCUCGUGAUUGAGGAGUUUGCGAUUGAUCGUAAAAAAUAGGGAACUGAAGAAGCGUUGGUUUCAAAACACUGUUCCGGAAGAUUUCCGAGCAAUGUUAAAGCUGUGUUCUGUAUAAUCGCUAAGAGUCCAAGUUUGUUGAGUGUUAUGUAGUGAUCACAUGCAAACGACACUAAACCUGAAAUCAUCGUGCGCGUUCGUUGUUAUUCAUGUGAUCACGUGAGUAGUUUCCAGGGUCCUUGCAGUGAUAACUAUUCCACAAUGCAUUUGGACGUUUAACUCAAAAGGGAUAAACUGGUAGCAAUAUGAUUGCCAUUUUACAUAGCAUUUAACUCUUUCCUUUUCUGUUUCAACAGAAACACAACACUUAUUAUUACGUAUAUAUUAUUAAUCGUGAAUUAUGCAAAUCCAAGUUAAUAUGAGCGUCGAACACAUGUAUUUCCACCAGAGACCUUGAAGAAGCUGUCUAAUAUUAGUUUAGAUAUUUCAAGUCAACUUUUGGCCAUACGGGAUUGUCUUCUAUGUUUGCUAGUCUAGUUAUUUCUUUAAAAAUGACUUGAAACACAAGCGUGAAUUGGCCUUCAAUUUUGCCUAUCAAAAAUCUUACAUUUUAACAAGAGCCAUAAUGGGAGGGCGGCUCUUGAUUUUAUUAUCUUAUGUGUUGGCAAAGCAUAUGACAUAAACGGAGUAAAAUACAAAACUACGGUCUGUUACCGAUUUGGAGUAGCUCGUCUCUGAUCUGCGUUGAAUCAAUAUUCAUUAUAUAUACAAGAAGAUAACCUUUCUUGACUUUCCCUUAUUAGGUAUUUACAGGCAACGUGCUGGGCAGCAAUGACCCAGUUGGAAAUAUUAUCAAUCCAGCAAUCAUUGCACGAUUUCUACAAAUCCGCGUCAAAACAUGGAGGGGUCAUAUAGCUAUGCGAGCAGAAUUUUACGGAUGCACUGAGGGUAGGACUUCCUCUUGUAGAUUUAAUUACAGAUUUUAUGAACAGCCCACGUUCGAUAUAUUAACAUUUGUAACACGACUGUGAGGCUUAAGGGACAAAAUUGCAAAUUUUUCACGAAUCCAUUGUCUUGCAAUUGCCAAACGAAACUCAAGCACAAAGAAAAUCAAUUUUCUGAUCAGCAUCCCGAAGGCAACCUUUCUGACUGAACCACCAUUAUUUUUCUUAUAAAGGCUGACGUUCACUGUCUUUCACCGCCUUUGGUCAACGGCAUUAUUUUUCAUUCCGUGAAGUUGGAUUAUAAAAGUAACGAGUGUCACUACCUCUUAAAGUGUCUCAUACUGUCAAUGUCAACAAACGUUGUUACUCCUUCAUUUUAUGAGAAAAGGGUUUUUUUUAAAGUCACUGACACAGGCCGCUCGGAAGAAAAUACCCGAGUACUCCUAACGGGAGUCCAACCUAUGACCCACUGGUUAUUAGCCCAAAUGUUCUACACCACUGAGCCACUGGAGACUCGUGGAAGCUAAGGCCGCUAAACUAGGUUUAUUUUAGUAAGACUGGCUGUGAAAUUGGUGAUUACCUUGUUUUUCUUUUGAACUUCUGGUUACUAGUCCAGAUUUUCUACCACUGAGCCACAGGAGACUCCUGGAAGCUAAGGCCACUAAACUAGCUUUAUUUUAGUAGGAACUGUGAAAUUGCUGAUUACCAAGUUUUUCUUUUACAUUUAGGCAAUUUCACAAAGCCAAAGCCACCAAUCUGUUUAGAAGCCCUAGGGAUGCAGAAUGGAAAGAUUGAAGACUCUGCAGUAUCAGCCUCGACCGAGUACGGAACUGCCUAUAAGGCGAUAAAUGGAAGGUUGCACUUCGUGUACAGAUCCGGGAGAAUAGGCGCCUGGGCAGCAAAAACGAAUGACGCGUAUCAGUUUCUUCAAGUGAACUUUGGCGAUUGGACAAAAGUGACGCGUGUGGCUAUUCAAGGACGAUCAGAUUACAAUCAGUGGGUGAAAAAUUUCACCCUUUCAUACGGCUAUGAUCAUAUCUUUUUUACAGAUUACAAAGAAGAUGGAAUCAAAAAAGUAAGCGGUAGACAAGAAAAUUGCUUUAGAAAGGAAAACAAAUUAAUUUGCAUUAUCAAGCUUCAGUGUUGUAAUAAUGAAAUUCACUAUGUUUCUUUAUUAUUAACUCCAUGAAAUAAAGAUCUUUUUUGUAGGACAAAAAACAUUAAAUGCAUGCUGUAAAUAAUUGUGCUAUAACGGCAAAAUGUGUCAGAAUACGCCUUAUUUUCCUGUUGCAUUAAAGAUCCAGACAAGAAGUGUGCGUUUUACUUACUAUUUAAAAUUUAAGCGAAUUUAAUUCGUCAGCGAAAUGCAUCUCUUAGAGGAGAAUGCCGGUGAAAUUGCUUUUAAAAGUAACGUGGUUUUCUUUUUUGUUAGUAUUUCUCAGGAAAUAAUGAUAGAUACACACCAGUGAGUCACGAUUUAAAAGAUCCCAUCAUCACGCGCUACAUUCGUAUCCACCCAGUGGCAUGGUAUGGACAUAUUUCUAUGAGAGCCGAGUUUUAUGGAUGCAAAGAUGGUAAGAAACUUUCCAAAACAAAGUCAGGUCAAGUUCAAAUUUCAACGUAAAUCGUUGUGUAGUGAUUUUUGUCUUUAAGUUAGGGCGUUUCAUUGUUUGAGGUCACUACUUUUUCUGCUACUUAAUAGGGACCGCCAGAAGAGUUCAUCCCGAACGGUGACUGGUAAAAUGGGUUCUUUGUCUAAAUGGCGUUUCCGUUGCUCAGAGGGCCACGUUCUGGCUUAAUGUCAGAUUUCUAUAAACAAAGACGAUGGCACCUCAUAAUAGUCAUUGAUUACUUCUAGUUCAUAAAUAUAAAAGUCAAUAUUCUAUCGCUUGAGGGCUGUUCUCACUGGGCCUUGUUAAACUGACGUUUUCUCCCGUGACCAUUUUGUACUGUCAGGGUUUUCGACACCUUGUUGGUGUUGUCUUUGACCAAGAUUCUCAGAAUGCAAGGAAGGUAGCACUGACUGAAAAAUCACCGGCAAGUUUUACGAAAGUUGAGGUUUCUCCCGUUUUAGCUGGCCUAAUUAGUAACCUUAUAAAUCUAAUGAAUGCCACUAACCUCACAAAACAGAAUUUUUUAAUUGGUUUUCACUUGAGCCAAACGUAUCACGGGACCUGGGGUAUAACACUGAGACAAAUACUACUUCGGGACUUUUGGCUGUGCAUUUUUUUUUUUAUUGGAAGAGCAGAUUACAAAUAUUAUCAGAAAAAAAAAUAUCAUAUUCCCCUUAUGUGACCUGUAUAACCACACCACCGAGCACCAAGCCUCCUCCUCUUUUCGAACAGCAGUGUGGAAUUUUCUAGAACUUCUUGUUCGAAUUGGCAAGUAAGGAUAAUGACGGAGACGAAACUGAAGGAUCAUUAUAAUAACGCGUUUUAAAUGAUUGAAAUAAUUUUUGCAGUGAACUUUUAACCCUUUCAACUUUAGGAUUUCAGCCACCAAAACUUGACUGUCAGUCGGCACUUGGCAUGAAAAGUGGACAAAUACCCAACAGUGCAAUAACUGCAACUAGCAGCCUCAAUCAGUAUUUUGGUCCGGAACGUGCCAGACUCGAGACAGUGAAAUCAGGAAGCUAUGCUGGAGCAUGGAUUCCAAAAGCAAACGACCAGGGGCAAUGGAUUCAAGUUGAUCUCGGUAAAAUUACAAAGAUAACUCGAAUUGGUAUUCAGGGCAGACAAGAUGCAAGUCAGUGGGUCAAAAGCUACUCACUUACCUACAGCGUUGAAGGAGGUCCAUUCCUGCCUUAUAGUGGCGGCCAUGUAAGUACCAUAUAUCUAACGCACGAUGUACUGCUUUCUGUUUGGUUUCCUAAACUUAAAAAUACCAUCGUAUUGAGCAGAUAUGUAAGCAGGGAUGGCACAGCGUUGAACGCACUUGCCUCUCGCCAAAUUAAAAUGACUCGGGUUGUCGAGUCCUCGUUCAAGUUUUGCUGAUGGUUCUUCAGUCUCCGCUGUGAGAGAUUGUUCCCCGGGAUCUGCGGUUUUCCCCCGCCUCUAAAACCAACAUUCCAAGUUCCAUUCGAUCUGGAAAUUGUCCCAAGUUUCUUGGGGACACUAAGAAGGCGACGUGCUCAUCAGUUCUUGGUACUAAACAACUGUCAAGUGUCAUCCACCAAAUAACGUUUAGUUUGAUUUGUUAGUUCAUUUCCUUUUAUUGCUAGUUGUAAAAUGUUUGUCAUUCAUUUGAGACCAAUCUUAGCGUGCACUGCAGCCGGUGUAGUCACUCAAAACCUGGGUAUAAUAUGGACUUCAUCAACUUUACUGGUUGAUUGCUGUCUGUGACGGAUGUCAGUGGCAUGUAGGCUUAAAAAUCUUCUUUUUCCCGGAAGAAAACUUAUACAUACAUGUAACUUAGCAUCUCACGUUGCUUUUAUUCUGCGGCAGGUUCUUCAUGGAAAUAAGGACAGGAACACAAUCGUUGGAAGUAUCCUCAAUCCGUCUAUCAUCGCACGUUACUUGCGGAUCCACCCAAGAGAAUAUUAUGGUUAUAUGGCUCUACGAUUUGAGCUUUUUGGGUGCACCAGUGGUUAGUAUCUAGUCAUUAUAACUCUUUUCAAUCAAGAAAACAUGAAAAUUGACCUUAUAAACAUGAUAUCUAUUGCACCUUAUCUGUUGGUUGCGACACCAUUCUCACGAAAUAUGAUUAACACUAGUUUGCUAUCAUUUUAAAUGGUAAUGCAACACAAUGCACCGCUGAACACGUUUUAUUAUUGUUAUUAUUAUUAUUACUAUUUAUCUCAUGUUCUAGAACGUUUGAGGUAAUUUAAUUGAAACUUCAACAAAAAUGUAAAGAAAGAGAGCAGAAACCUGUUUUGAACUCAAUUCCACUUUGCAGGAUUCCCUAUUCCAAAAGUUCCACCUUGCCAAGUUCAACUAGGAAUGCAAAAUGGUAAACUUCCAAAUUCAGCGUUAUCAGCCUCGUCACAAUUGAACUCGUACUAUGGACCAGAAAAUGCAAGGUUACAUUUCCACCCACAGAGUGGCCGUAACGGAGCCUGGAUUCCGAAGAAACAAGAUCACCAUGAAUGGUUUCAGGUGGACUUUGGAAUCGAGACACACGUUACCCGGAUUGAAACUCAGGGGCGCCAGGAUGCAAGCCAGUGGGUGAAAGCUUACACACUUAGAUACAGCCUUGAUGGAUCAUACUUCAAUCAUUAUCAACCUUCAAUCGGUUUUCAUCCGUCUCCACACAAUUUUUAUUUAUUUAUUUAUUUAUUAUUUCCACAAUAAAGAUUACACAAGCAUUACAUUAUACAAAGAUGUGGCGAGGGGACCUCAGAAAACCACAAGGCUUGUACGAGACCACAAGGCUUGUACGAGGACAUACCAAGGUUACAUUAAUACCAAGGUUACAUUAAUUACGUUUGAUUAUUAGGAAGUACUAUCUCUUCAACCAUACUAGGCCAUUUGCAUGAUGACGUCAUUUUACUACUACGACCAGAAUUCUUUUCGUUUUUCUUUUCAUAUUUAAAUGUGGUAGCCCCAGUGAGGUUUCGAUAACAAAAGCCCUAAUUUGCACAAGAAAGCAAAGUCCUGAUUGAUUCUGGUCGUAAUAGUAAAUGGCCUAUUGAGCCAACUUUUUCCACGUCUUUAAAAAAGUCAGUAACGAAGAGGCGGAACCAGGUAGUUGCCAACGGAGUCCGGCAAAGGCCUGAGUACCUCAUGAAAGCGGACGGUCAAAAGUAGUCGAAUUUUCUAAUUAAGUGUUCAUGUAUGAUCACGUGGAAUCAUUUUUAAACCGCCUAUAGAUCAAUAAAGCAACGGCGAUUGAGAGAUUUCUAUUUUUAUAGAAGGUUGCAACUAAAUAAUGCACAGCUAAUAAGUCAUUUGCAUGAUCUCCUACUAAAUUUUUUCUUCCUACAGACAUUUGUCGCAAACAACGAUCGAUACACGGUUGUCGGACACGACUUAAAACCACCAAUCAGGACACGAUACUUGAGAAUUAUUCCUGAGCAAUGGCAAAGUUACAUUGCCUUGAGAGCAGAAUUUUACGGCUGCAAAGCAAGUAAGCCUUUCGGUGUGUUAUUGCUAUGUCUAAAAUAAACGGCAGUAAAUUAUAAAAGGUCUUUACAUGUUCGUGACCCAAUAUAAGUGUAAUAGAGUAGUAUAGUAGGCACCCGCUACGCCUGUUAAUAGCAAAGAAAUCUGAUUAGGUUGCUCGUGAAUCAGUACACAAACGUAGAACUGAGAUAUCGUGGAAUCACUUGCAAACCUGACAAAAAGCAGCUUAAACGUCAUUGUAAACCAAAACUACAACAAGGUAUCAUCUUCAUAUUUCCUAAAAACCCUCUGGUUUUGUUUCUGAGCUUUAAUAAAUUCAUCGAUCGAAGAAAAUGUGUUCUUCCCUGGGUAAAGAAGAUUUCUCUGCCAAAAAAUGGCGCAACCAGUGCCUACAAUACCACGCAAUCGAAAACACAAAGAUAUAUUUGUCCAAUGUGGACGAUAAUAACCAUGCAUCCAAAUAAAAGGAAAAGAAUAUUUCUGCCUUUUUUUGUUUUGUUUGUUCUUGUUGUGGUAUUUUUUCGAUGGGUAAGCAAGUCAUGACCUUAGGCCAAAUGUGAUAAUUGCCUCCAAAUUAACAUAUCUAUUCUCUGUAUGCAUUUUAGCUAAAAGAGACCUUUGUGCCACUUGAAAUAGCUGACACAUAGAACAUUUUUAAUGCUGUUGGUCCAUUUAAUCUUGUAGACGACGGUGGUUACUCAGAAUGGAGUUCGUGGUCUCAGUGUUCCGCAACCUGUGGGGGAGGACGCCACACUCGAAGUCGCUCUUGUACUAAUCCCCCUCCAAGCGCUGAUGGCAAGGACUGUUCCGAGUUGGGACCCGAAAAGGAAACUGGUGAAUGUAACAACCAGGGCUGUCCAGGUACAUUUAAUUUGAAUAAAGAUAAUCAUAAUAAAGGUAAUGAUUGAAUUCCCUUAGCUUGCAGUAACCCUUUAAGCCCCAAUAUCCACAUACAAAUUCUCCAAACUAAUCUCCAUACAUUUCCUUUAAGAAUUAGUUGGGAGCAUUUGAUAGCAGAUCAAAGCAUUCAUUCUUUGGUGAUCAUUUCAUAAAUUCUCAUAACCUUAUCUCUUGACAAGGUAUGAAUAUUUUUGGGAGAAAAUUGAUGUUGGUCACCAUUUGGACUUGAAGGGUUAAUGCAGACACUGAUUUUGAGAUCAGUCCAGUUUCGAAUCAUCAAAAUUUAUAAAAUAACUAAAGAUGGUACGCGCGUUCUGAUUGGUUAAAAAGCUAUGGUUUAUUGUGCCAGUAGACUCAAAGAAAACUGAAACAUUUUUCUACCCCCGAAAAAUUUAUUUUGUAAAAGCAACAGACCACACUUUCCACAGUUUACCGGCGUGCUAACCCACUUGGGAUGUUGGGAGAACACUCAAAAGCUUGUAAAUUACGAGCCGAAUUUUAAUACUUCGAAACUGGUUUACCUCAAUAACAACGUCAGACUUCUCUUAUUUUCCAAAAAUACCAUAGUCACAAAUACAUAAUUUUAAUUAUGUAUUUGUGACUGAAAAGUUACGCUUACGUUCCUGGAAAAAUGGCAUUUGGUGAAAAAAGAAAUCUAAACAUUGUUGUUGAGCCAUAUAAUGAUGAGAUCUUUUUUAUUCAAUAAAAUGACGCAUCAAAUCUUGCACACACUCGUUCUGGCUUUUUGGUCAGGGAGAUUAUAUUGAUCAAUUUUUUCCCUAUAGCAAGUGCUGUGUUUCAUAAGGCGCGUGCUUUAUUGCUAUACAAUAAUCCUGGUCUAUACAAUGCUUUGAACCUUUCUAGUAGAAAUGUGUAACGAAAAACAACAAUUAUUAUUGUUCAUUCGGCAGUGAAUGGUGGUUAUUCUGCCUGGGGACCUUACCGCAAUUGUUCCAAAUCCUGUGGAGGUGGAGUACAAACCAGGACUCGAACUUGCACCAAUCCACCACCAGCACAUGGUGGAAGUGAUUGCAGUAAACUGGGGCCAAAUAUCUCUACCAGAGAAUGCAAUAACCAGGACUGUCCAGGUAUAACCUGCUUCACGUAGUCAUGUAGUUUAAAUGCAGUUAAGAUUCUAAGUCAGUAAGGAUUAAUUUCCUGGCAGUCUUGAUUUUGAUUUUUACAGUGGAUAUUCCGUAAACGAGUCAAUGCAAAAGGAAAAAAAAAGUGGAGGGGGAAAUGGAAAAAUAAUACUUACAUUUAUGAAUUACGUAGUUGUCAAGACAAAAUAAGAGCAUUGAACCAACAUCCAACCCUGAGGCUAAACAAUUCUAAAUCUCGGUAUUUGAACUUGGAUAUUGUUACGAAUUAAUAGUCGCCUCCUUAAUUAUCUUAUGUGACGUGGAUAAAACUGGGAUGAUGAUCCCCUACGAGCACGACCAAAAACAACCACCCAAACAAAACCAACCACCACCAAAAGCCUAAUGCAGCACACGGGACAUUAGGGACUUUAAGAUCCAACGACGCGCCGGCAACGAGAACGUCGCUUAAAAAGUUAACUUGCGUGCGUUCAGUCUUUAUCGCAAUUAUUAAUAACCACUUACUAUGUCAAAUGUAGGCGAACCCUCCUGGAAUGGAAUUCCUAGGAACCAUAUCCAAGUUCGGAAAGAGAAAUAAAAUUUCGCCGUUGCUUGUUUACGUACUCUAUAAAACGCGAAAUUAGGCAUUUUCACGUCGUAGUCGUGCAAAAACGGGCAAAGAAAUGUACAAAAAAGCGUGAUGCUCGUACAAAGUUGUUGUUUUGCUUAUAAAACCUAUUGUUUUUUUGACGUUCUCUUUGCCGUCCGCGUCGUUGGAUCUUAAAGCCCCUAUUAGCUCAGCAAUGGCAGAAUACACGAAGAACAGUGUUCAUUUCUUCAGGGAGCAAGUCAAAUACCGUAAAAUUGGACAAUUGCACGAUGACGAUAUUUGACUACAACUACCAGAAUUCAUUUCGCUUUUGCUUUAUUUAAAUUUGUCAAUCCCGCUGAGGAUUAAAGAACAAUAGCCUUAAAUUUGCCCAAGAAAACAACAAACUCAAGGAUUUUGGUAGUUGUAGUAAAAUGACGUCAUCGUGCAAUUGUCCUAUUCCGAAAAUAAGCCCCUCCAUGUAUAAGCCCCUUCAAAUAUAAGCCCCCCAAACAGGUAAAAACACUCCGUUAAAUCGCCCCUCCAAAUAUAAGCCCCCCCCCGGGGGCUUGUAUUUGGAAAAUUUCCCUCAAAUACAAAGUAAAACAAAGCAAAAAUGGUAAAUUCACUUCCAACUAUAAGGCUAACUCAAUCUAUUUUGAAACGCAAAUUUCCUUCCGUAGAUAGGCCCCUCCGAAUAUAAGCCCCUUCAAAAAUAAGCCCCUCAAAAAGGGCCUUUGAAAAAUAUAAGCCCUGGGGCUUAUUUUCGGAAUUUUACGGUAAGUAUUUUCGUGCCUGUCUUAUCUUCUUUUGCGUGUUUUGUAGUUGAUGGUGGCUAUAGUAAUUGGAAUAGUUGGAGUGACUGUUCUGUUUCUUGUGGAGGAGGGCGGAAGGCUCGUAGUAGGAGUUGUAAUAACCCCGCCCCACAGCAUGGUGGAAAGGAUUGCUCAAGUCUUGGUCCAUCACUUGAGACGACUGCAUGCAAUACGAACGGUUGUCCUGGUAAGUGUUCUUUGUAUCCGUAAUCUGGAAACCACGUGACUAGGCGGAUAUUGUAGUUGAAAAACAAUACCAUUUAUUCCUUGCAUAAUUUGCAUUAACAAAUAGUUAAGUUACCGGCAAAGGGAUAGGCCUUUUUGAUCAAGAUGGGAGGUAAUUAUAUUUUCUUGGAUAGCAUAUUAUGCUCCUCAUUCCCUUUUCGAUCGCGUAAAAUCGUGCACUAGUUCUCCAGAUUGGGGGCCUUGAGACAGGACAAGCUAUCUUUUCUUCUCAUAUUAAGCCAAAUAGGGUGUGAUUUCCAUCUCCCAUGAUUGGAUUGCGUGCUUUAAACGCAUUUGAAAUUUGCUUUUAGAUGUGAAUCAUACUUAAACGUAAGACACCUGGAAUGUCCCUGACCGGUGAAAUGUCAGAAUGACUAUUCAGUUCAAAAGUCGGAGAACAGAUUGGGAAUGUUAAGUUUUGUAGGAUUUGCCGUUUUUUUAAAUUAUUGGUAGAUGAACCAGGGUUUUUUUCCCGUGAUUGUCGUGGAAAAUCAUAGCAAGUAGACCGUCUUACAUAAAGUAUUUGUUCAUUCGGCAGUGAAUGGUGGUUAUUCUGCCUGGGGACCUUACCGCAGUUGCUCCAAAUCCUGUGGAGGUGGAGUACAAACCAGGACUCGAACUUGCACCAAUCCACCACCAGCACAUGGUGGAAGUGAUUGCAGUAAACUGGGGCCAAAUAUCUCUACCAGAGAAUGCAACAACCACGGCUGUCCAGGUGACAAAACAUUUGCUCCAUUCGUGUAUUUUUAGUCGUAAAAGAUCUAAGUACAUAAGGUCGACUUGCAAGCGGAGGAAAAACAAUGGAAUGAUGGUACUGUUUGCAGUUUUCAAAGCCGACGCAGCUGUUCGAACAAAGAGAGACGGAGAAUAUGCUUUACUGCUCUAAUACGCUAUUUGAAUGCAUAUACAUGCACAGUCAACUCUCUCUUGACGGACACCCCUAUAAGACGGACACUUCUGUAAGACGGGCACCUGGUUUAAAUCCGCGCCGUUUAUCAGUCAUUUUACUGUUAUAUAUACUGUCCAUAAGACGGACACCUCUCUAAGACGUACAAAAACGGACAAUUGGGAGGUGCCUUAUGUAGCGAAAAAUACCUCAAGACGGAAAUGUGCAAGGUGCUCUACAUGACAGUAAAUUGCAAAACGUUUUAUAUUUUGUCGUCGUGACCCAGUUUGCAGAUUGUAUACGCUUUUAGACCACGAAGACUUGAACGUUGUCUUGUAAUGAACGUUUGAUCGCACAAUGAGAAAAUAUUUCCACUUUUCUGUGGCAAUUUUCCUGUUUUAGCUGUUUUUAGUACAAGUUAAACAGACUAUUAAUUGUAAAUAGCUUCAGUUUUAAAAUCACUCUUGUCACGUUACCUACACUCUCUAUAAGUCAGACACCUCUCUAAGACGGACAGUCAAGGCCGGUCUUGAUGUUGUCCAUCUUAGAGAGAGUUUACUGUAUAAUUAUGAAUAGAACGUCUCACCCUUAUUUUAUGUCACUGGUGAUAGACAACACAAAACUAAACACAUAAACAACUGACGCGAAAGAGAAACAAAGAUAAUACUGUUCACAGCGCCUAAUAGCUUUAAAAAAAGGGAAUUUGCUUCUGCAAUUAGUUUAAGAUGAUCAAAUAUUAGCAUUAACAGCAAGUAAUAUCUCAAAAGUUAAGUGCGUUCUGUUUGCGUGUUUUGUAGUUGAUGGUGGCUAUAGUAAUUGGAAUAGUUGGAGUGACUGUUCUGUUUCCUGUGGAGGAGGGCGGAAGGCUCGUAGUAGGAGCUGUAAUAACCCCGCCCCACAGCAUGGUGGAAAGGAUUGCUCAAGUCUUGGACCUUCAUUUCAGACGAUUUCAUGCAAUACAAUCGGAUGCCCUAGUAAGUGUUCUUCGUAUUUUAUCUCGUUUACCUUACUCGAAAUGCUUAGGUAUUUGAUGAUCAUUAGCAACUUGCACGUGACAAGAUUUAAACGUUGUUAUUAAAUAUGAGAGUUUUUCAUUUAUAAAUCGUUUACAAUUAUUUUCUCGGUAGUGAACACACCUCACUCCCUGAUCGUUCGAGUAAAAGAAAUCAGUUUUAAAUAUCUUAGACGGAUUUUUCACCCAUGAUCUCUCCAGGUUGGGAGUUAGACACGGAGUUUAGGGGUUUCUCCUGUAAAAACGUACAUGUUGCAGAAAUCGAAAAUUGUGACUUAAGUAGGAAGCAGUGACAAAACAUGGAGGAAGAGACUGUUCGAAUCUUGGACCAUCCACUGCGAUGGAAGAAUGCAAUAAACAUAAAUGUCCAGGUAUAGUUGUGUUGUUCCGUAUGUAAGGCCGGUAAAGGUGGUUGCUCUAUGUUAACAUACGAUGUGUUCACUACUGUAGUAAUUCCAAGGACGGUCAGGCAGCAAAUUGUUGUUUGCUGGAAAUAUCUAUGAGUCGUAACUGUUCAUCGGUAGGAUGCUUAAGAUGGGUGCAAUUGCACAAUUGUUUUCGGAUCCAUUAACUUCUACACCAAUUGUAGAUUAUCUAAGGAGGGAUUUUAGGGAUUUCAAAUCAGUCUCAGCAGCUAAAAUAUGAGUCGGAAUGAGUCAUAUAAUGAGGAAAUGAGAUUUGUACUGGUCAGUUGUUUAGAAAUAAACAAGUUAUAUAGUACCGAAACUGACCCCAAAAAGCUCCCUUUCGAAUAAACAGGCGGGCAUUACUUGUCUUCUGAUUAGUCGAUGGUAUCCGGUUUCCAAUAUAAGCGCUGAAUGAAAGCAAUUUAGGCGCGUUUAUUUUUUCCAUGACAUUCAUAUAUUAGAGUGAGAAGAAAAAAUGACCCGUUUACAAUUUUGUCUCAGUAUUGAUUAUUUUCAAAUUUCUGGAAUCUUUCUGUCGCUAUUUGUAUUUUCAGUUUAGGUCAAUAUGUAGAUAGGUCAAUGUGCCAAAAAAGUUUGUCUGAUCUAGCGCUUAUUUUUGACACGAAAAGGAGCUAUAAGUCGAUAUAAGCAUCAAGUCAAAAAUUAUGCAAGCGUCGCAAUUUUUUUUGAGAUUAAGCAGAGUUGCUGAAGUGAUGAAAAGGUGGCUCAUUACUACUCAUCAUUCAAUUAUAAGUUCUUCCUUUUAUUCUUAGUUAAUGGAGGCUAUGGUCCGUGGGGAAAGUGGAGUGAUUGCUCUAAAACUUGCGGAAAACAAACAGGCACCAGAAGACGAGACAGGCUGUGUAACAAUCCCUCGCCGCAGAAUGGGGGCAAAGAUUGUUCAGAACUAGGAAAGGAUACUGAGACUCAAAGUUGCAAACCGAAGAAAAAACAAUGCCCAGGUCAGCAAAACCUUCAAUGGAUAAAUCUGUUUGCUCACGUUAAUUCGACAUUUCACAAGCUACAGCGGAAAGGAUGGGAACACAACAUAACGAUUUUCAUGGGAACCUCGCUCUCUUGCACGUUAUCCAUCAUUUUGUAGUGUUUGUCACGUUAAUUCCCACAAUCAUAUAAUGACACGCGUAAGGCAAAACCCGGACAGAUCACAAUCAUUAACACACACAGUACUCCCUUUUGUACCACAGAAGGAUUCGAUUUAACUUGUUCAUUCGUAGGUCAAACUUUGUAAGGUUUUAACUGUAAUUUUUGUUCGAACAUUUUUAGUGGACGGAAACUGGAGCCAAUGGGGGUCAUGGAGUGAAUGCUCUGCCACGUGUGGUGGGGGCCUCAGAAAGAGAGCACGGAAGUGUAACAACCCUAAACCCUCAGGAGGGGGAAAAAAUUGUGAAGGAAGCGCGGAAGAUCCCCAGCAAUGCAACAAUUUCGUUUGUGGACGUGAGUAAAUAGUUUUAAACCUUCUGUUAACUGUUCUGUUCGAAGCAACCUACUUGCAAAGCAAAUGGUAACAAAUGUUCACGACAAACAACAAUAUUCGUUGUGAUUCCGCAAUAGUUUAUUGAAGACAUGCGAGAGAGAGACUACGAAAGGCAACCGACAAUGCAGGCAAGUUAGUAGUUCCUGAAGUCGCUAUGACUAAAGGGGCAGUAACUACUUAAGAAUUCGUCGUCUUUUCAUUUAAUUACUCCAGCAAAAUAUAUGUCGUUGUCGUCGUUCGUUUGCAUCAUCCAUAAAACGUCGCUUAUAAGAAAAACUCACGAAAUAAUCGUAAGUCACUACAAAGAAACGUACCGAACGAAGGAAAAAAAAAAACGAGAGAGGGAGGGAAUCGCCCAGGUAGUCGAGCCCUUGGGAUAUGUUAAUUUUACCAUUUGAAAAUUAUUUUUAGACCAAUUAAACACUUCUUUAGACCAUGGAUUCAAAUCCCAUUUUAAAGCCCCGAAUUUUUUUGCUGUUAAUUUUAAGCUGAAUGGAAGAUAAUUGGAUGCUAUAAAAACGUUGAUCAAGCACUCGACAAACUAUUAGCGAGAGUUGGGGGCAAACCGAGCAUAACUGCGAGGUACACGACAUGCGUAUCAGCUGCUGAUGGGGCGAACAUCACGCUGUUUGGUCUGGACAACAAGAGAUGUUGGACCAGUGAAAGCGAUUACAGUUCAUACAGCAAGUAUGGUACCUCAGGAACAUGCAAGACAAAUAAGUUGGGAAAGAGUGGAGGCUUCUCUGAACAUGGGACGAUAUAUGUUUACCAAAAGGAUCAACAAGGUGACACAGACUCCACCUUAACAUAUGUAAUAGUUUUAUACUCAAUAACCUUAUAAAACAGUGAACGUCGGUAAUAUUGGUAGUAUUUCGAAGAAACUAAUAAUUUUAUCUGGUUACAAGAUAGACCAAAAGUUUGUACCGUGAUCUCAACCAUCGCCUAUUAACAUGCUAACACUGGUCAUUUCUUGUAAAGGUAACGGUAGAGAAAAUGUCGUCACUAUACAUAUUGAAUUCGCCUUCUUUCAACCUUCGUCUGCUCACGUCCUCCGUAACACGUCGUCCAAUUGUAAAGUUCAUGCGGUUGUACUUUUGCACUUAAUUAAUCGGAAGGAACGAAGAUAUGUCAAAAAAGUAUGAUGUAAGUUUAGAUAGAUUAAUCAUCUAAUGCUUCAGUCUUCAGAUUUAAGCAGUGACUUAUGCUCCUUUUUACGAUUAUGAUACCAUUGCGGUGUUGGUUAUUUUAAAUCGCUUAUUUCUAGGUUUUUUACCCCCUCAGAGCCCUUUCUGAUUCUGAUUCUAUAAAUGAGUGUGCUACAUUAGCCUUUGCUCUCGUAAGAUAUUGCUGACGAAUCAGUAGAACCUUCCAUACCGGCCCUAAUCAUGCUUAUUAACUCUACAGGUACAUGGCAACACAAAGGCUGUUACGUCAAUCAGUCGCCAAAACGGGCUCUACCCGUUUCCUUCGACAACAGUGUCAGUGGUAAUCAGGGCAAUAGGAACGUUUUCGAGCACUGCCGAGAUAAAGCCGAAUCAUUUGGUUACAAGUUAUUUGGUGCUGACAACAAGAAUUGCUGGAGUGGAAAUGAUGCUGAGAACACGUAUGAUGAUCAUGGCGUAUCCUCAGAAUGCUAUGUCAACAACCAAGGCUAUGGCGUUGGAUCGGAGAUAAAUGGAGACAUGUUUGUUUACCGUUAUCAUUAA